AUGCAUGCUAAUGCUAAUGCUUUGAAUGGCACUAACGGUGGGGAUAUCCUUGAUGGGAAUAAUAGCCAAAACAGCCUAAGUGAUGGUAGCUUGCCUAGUGCAAAUAGGAAUGGUAAAUCACCAAUUUUGUUUGGUCAAUUUUGGGGCAUGAUACUGUCACAUAUGGAUGGUAAAAAAGCAUGGGCUAUUUCGGACUGUGCAAAACCGAAUAGCCUCCCAGCUUGGCAUAGCUCUCGGCCAAGUGGGAAUGUGAUAAGUGGUAAGCCUAAUGGGGGCUUUCAAGCACCGAUCGUCCCUAAUGCAAGUGACACUAGCAAACACUUCGUUGCUAGUGAUGGGGGCAUUAUGUCGUUUGGUCCCAAUAUAUGUACACAAAGCGGAACUAACAGCGGGAGCAACUUUAAGGGCCACUUUGGUAGUCAUGGUGGCAUUCAACCGGUUGUCCCUAAUAUGUGUACACAAGUGCACUCCCCGCUUAAUAUAAUUAAGGCACAUGGUUUGGCUUCUACUCUGGGAGGCAAUCGUGAGGCAGCUAUGAUUGAGGUUGAUGUGCUUCAACAGCUUGGUAAACAUGAUAAAGGAGGCAAUCGUUGUGUUCAAAUACGGAACUGGUUUGACUAUCGUAACCAUGUUUGUAUUGUCUUUGAGAAGCUUGGACCAAGCUUAUAUGAUUUUCUACGGAAAAACAAUUACCGCUCAUUUCCUAUUGACCUUGUCCGUGAGAUUGGAAGACAACUGUUGGAAUGUGUAGCAUUUAUACAUGACUUGCAUCUCAUCCACACUGAUUUGAAGCCUGAAAAUAUCCUCCUUGUUUCUCCUGAGUAUGUGAAGGUUCCUGAUUACAAGUGCUCUUCCAGAUCACUUAAGGAUACUUAUUUUAAAAGAGUCCCAAAAUCAAGUGCAAUCAAGGUAAUUGAUUUUGGUAGCAUAACUUAUGACCGUGAGAACCAAACCUAUAUUGUAUCCACACGUCAUUACCGGGCACCAGAAGUCAUUUUAGGUCUUGGAUGGACCUAUCCAUGUGAUAUAUGGAGUGUUGGUUGUAUCCUUGUGGAGCUAUGCUCGGGAGAAGCAUUAUUCCAAACUCAUGAGAAUUUAGAGCACCUAGCUAUGAUGGAGAGGGUGCUUGGUCCUAUGCCACUGCACAUGUUAAAGAGAGUGGAUCGGGAUGUAGAGAAAUAUCUUAGAAAGGGAAUGUUGGAUUGGCCUGAAGGUGCAGCAUCAAGAGAAAGUAUCAGAACUGUUCUUAAAUUACCUCGGCUUCAGAACCUCGUGAUGAAGCAUGUAGACCAUUCCGUUGGGGAUCUUAUUAAUCUUUUGCAAGGAUUACUUAGAUACGACCCUUCAGAGAGGCUUACUGCUCGGGAAGCCUUGCAGCAUCCCUUCUUCUCAAGGGACCAUCUUAGGAGAUUGUGAGACUGGAGUAAUUAAGAGCUUUGUUUUAUGAGAGUAUGAUUCUGGCAAAAGCUAGACUACUUGUGUGAAGCACCACCUUAGCCACCUGAUUAGGUUAUAUUUCAUUAAGUUGGUGGUUUAAGGUAUGCAUUCCAAGGGAGUUGGGUAGAGCUUGUGUAAAUAGGGAUGAUGUCCUCUGUUAACUACAUUCUUGGAUAGAGUACGUGCAUAAUAGUUAACACUGCCUUGACCAGCUAAUUUGUGUGUAGAGUAAUGGGGUAUUACUCUUUUAUU